AUGUUUGACUGGAUUUUCCGUAAAGCAAUGGGCGCUUGCGCUUCACAUAUCGAGGCGAAAACUCGGCUUACACCUGAAGAAAUCGAGGCGGUGAAAGAGUCAUGGAAAAGAGCAAAACACGCUCAAAUUGGUCGCAAAAUUCUGGGCACUUUACUAGAGAAAAGACCACAAUUCGCACAAAUGUAUGGCAUUUCGGAAGAGGAAGUGAUGGACGGCAGAAUGACAUCGAACACGUUGUUCCAACUGCAAGCUUGCCGCAUCCAGAAUUUCCUCGACACCACCGUUUCAUCGCUCGGCCUUUGCCCGACGGCUUCAGUCUUCGCAAUGGCAAAACGAAUCGGACAAAUUCAUUAUUACAAGGGAGUCAACUUUGGAUCCGACUCUUAUACAGUUUUCAAGAAAGUUACAGCCGAUGAAAUUAUCGACGUGGCCGAGAAGACUCAACAUUUGCUCGAGAAAGACGGUGGACAUACAGAGUUUCUCGAUCAGGCUAUCAUGAGCCCGUAUGACACAAACAAUUGCAACAUUCGUCUCGGAUGGAACAAGCUGAUGAACGAGAUUGUGCGCGAGAUGAAAGAGGGCUUUGUCCAGGAGGCUCGCGCUCACAACAAAGAUGAAGGAGAUAGU